CAGGCUGGGAGCAGCUGACUCCAGAGCUCCCGCUCAUGUGACCACCACGGCUCCCCGUUCUGGGUUCUCGUCUCCAGCCAGGGUGGGCACUUGCGGAGCCGCUUCUGUGGGGAGCAGCAGCAGCACACUGAGGGGAGUGGAGAGAUUAAUCAGUGACAGGAAGCGGAGUCUUGUCCAGAGUGGUGACCCUUUGUGGUCAGACUGAUCUUUGCGAGCCCGCCCCUGGAGUUUCUCCUGCUUUCUGCCUGCCGCUCAUCCACCUGCUUCCACCAUGUGGAUCCUUAGGGUCUUCCUGGUCCUGCUGGGGGCCCUGGGGGCUCUCUCCGAGUUCUGUGUCAUACCACCGUUGGAUAGUAAGCUGGUGGAGCGUCUUGGCCAACACCUCUUACCCUGGAUGAACAAGCUGUCCUGGGAGCACCUGAACCCCAGCAUCUAUGUGGGCCUGCGCCUCUCCAGCCUGCAGGCCGGGAGCAAGGAAGAGUUCUACCUGCACAGCCUCAAGCUCUAUUAUCAACAGUGCCUUCUAGGCCCCACCACCAGGGAUGUCAACAGUGACUGCUCCACCAAGCCUUCCAUGGGCCAGCUGGCCCUCUACAUGCUCGCUCUCAGGGCCAACUGCGAGUUCAUCAGGGGCCGCAAGGGCGACAGGCUGGUCUCACAGCUCAAGUGGUACCUGGAGGAAGAGAAGAGCGCCAUCGGACACAGUCACAAAGGCCAUCCCCAUACCAGCUACUACCAGUAUGGCCUCAGCAUCCUGGCCCUGUGUGUCCACAAGAAGCUGGUCCAUGACCAAGUGGUCGACAAGCUCCUGUAUGCUAUGGAACAUGACCACCACCUCCACUUGGACCCUUUCUCAGUGGACACAAUGGCCAUGGCCGGCUUGGCCUUUACCUGUCUGGAGCUCUCUUACUUCAACCCCAAUCUAAGACACCAGAUCUCCACGGCUAUCAGGACAGUGCAAGAGAAGAUCCUGAAGGCCCAGACCCCUGAGGGCUACUUCGGGAAUAUGUAUAGCACUGCACUGGCACUGCAGUUCCUAAUAUCCUCUCCCAUGUCUGGGGCGAAGCUGGGCACUGCAUGCCUUAAGGCGAGGGCAGCUCUGCUGGGCAGCCUGCAUGAUAAAACCUUCCAGAAUGCUGUCAUGAUUUCCCAGCUCUUGCCUGUCUUGAACCUCAAGACCUAUGUGGACCUCAUCUCCCCAGACUGCCAGGCACCAAGAGUGAUGUUGGUAGCAGCUCCUGAGGAUCCCUCCUUCAGCCACACCCCAGAGAUCAUCAGUGUUACGCUGAAGGUCUCCAGCGUCUUGCCGCCCUACCAUAAAACCAUCCCAAUGGUGUCUGGGUCCACUUUGGAAGACGUUCUGAGUAGAGCCCAGGAGCUAGGAGAAUUCACGUAUGGAACCCGGGCCUCCUUGUAUGGUCCCUUCCUGACAUCUGUGAUGGGUAAAGUAGCUGGAGACCGAGAGUUCUGGCAGCUCCUCCAAGUCCCUGACAUCCCUCUGCUACAAGGUAUUGCUGAAUACAAACCACAGGAUGGAGAAACCAUCGAGCUAAGACUGGUUAGCUGGUAGCCCUGAGCUCACACCUGCAGUCUUGCAUACUCCACAGGCUUCUGUCCUCCUUCCUGACCCUGUAGCCACCUCCUAUGAAUUUGGAACGAUGUCCCCCAGGUCACCUCACCUACCAACUCUGCGAGGAUCUGAGCCUCAGCUCACACUGCAGCAGGGUGCCAAGCACCUCCCCUGGAAAGCCUGGCCCUGGCCCACAGGUGUCAGGAAGUCUUCGGUGUGAAGGACCUGUGGCUCUCAGACUCCUCCACAGGAGGAGGAAAGGAAGUCUGUUGGCCGCAACAUUGUGAAUACAACUGCCAUGGGCCUGGGGUCCUGCCAGGAGGUCUUCACGCCCCAGGGGCUACAGCCCUGACUCCAGGUCUCUAAUCUGUUGUCAAAGCGGUGGUCCUAGAGCUUGGCUGGUGAGGCCUCGGCAAGGUUGCUCGAUGCCCACCUCUGAAAUUAUUAAAGUCUUGAUUGUCUGAGCA